AUGAGAGAUCCGGGACUUACCUUAAUGCAUUUAUCGCGGGGACACGGAAGCCAGCACUGUUCGGAUUCCAGAGACGUCCGCUUGCUUCGGCGUCUGGAAAACAACUGGUAUCCCAAAGCGAGGCUUGCGCGAGCAGCUGCGCGCACCGGGGCGCCUAGAAGUGCCGGGGUGGCCGGGGUGGCGCUGGCUACCCGGUAUCAAUGGUACCGCCGGAGGUACCGGUGCGGACCGGGCGGGGGGAGGGGUUACAUAACGCCCCGGAUCGAUACCGUGGGCGGCGGUAACGCU